AUGUCUUCGUCUCAUCAACAACACCACCCGCAGCAACAUCAGCAACAACACCACCAACAUCCAAAUUCUCACUUGUCCAUAUUUCGGAGGCAACAUGCUAGAGAAUUUCAUCAAGACCAUUUUUCGAGUAGUGAUGGGAUGGCUAGUCCAAUGAGUCAGUCAUCGGAUUUGGAUGAGGAAGGAAUAUCGGAUCAACAUUCAGGUUCCGAUGUGGUUGUAGAUCAUGAUAGGCGUUAUGAAGAAGAAGAAGAGGAUGAUGAUGAUGAGGAAUAUCAUGAUGGACUCGACGAAAAUGAUCAAAUACAGGACUCGUCUUCUCUCGUUGUGAAUAUUGCUCAUAAAAGCAUGAACGUUGAUGAUGAAAUUGAUAUGGAUCCAGAAAAAUCAGCCCUCUCACUUCCAGAUAAUGACUCCCUGAUCAUUUCUACUACUUUUAAUUCAGAGACACCACCAUUAAAAAAGCAAGCUAGAAAAAGCCCUGCAGUCGUUGUGGACGAUCACGUGUUAGGAGAAACUCCCUUCUUUCAGGAACAUAUUUAUUACGACGAAGAUGAAAAGGAGCCGAUUGAAAAAGUGUCAAACUGUUGUCCAUGCAUUUGUGAAUCGUUACCAAGAGGUAUGCGCUCAAGAAUGGAAUAUUGUGGAAAGAAAUUGUGUGCUCCAAGAAUUUUGGUGAGCAUGUCAACGCUCGUUUUUUCUGUGAGUGUUGGAAUCAUGUUGUUAUUGAGCUGUGGAAUUUUUAUAGGAAUGAAAUUAAUUGACUAUCCGAAAAUGAAUUUAGAUCCCAAUUCAUUAUCAUACAUUCAUAGAAAUUGUUGCAUUGUGGAAAGUGUUUUUGAGGAUUUUUCACAACAAGAGAUUAUUCACUAUGAAAUGACAGUGAAAUUUCCAGUGUUGGGCUUUCUAAAUAUGUCUCUUGAGGAAUCUGCGCAAAGAGGUUAUAAUUUAAAAUGUGAAUUAAAUUCACAUUCUAUAUUGCGAGUCAUGAAACAUGUUCGAUAUUCAGGACCCAGAGUAUUUUAUAACCAUUCGAUCGUAGAUUGUUUUACGAAUAGAGCAGAAACAGAACUAACGUUAUUGGAACCAUACAGUGCCAUGUAUCAACUGUUUCAAACGAUUGGAAUUUUUUCAGGUAUUAUGGCCUUAUGCAUGUUUUGCUUUGGUUUUUGUGGUUUUGUGUCAUGCUGUUUUGUGUUACGAAAGAAGAGAAGGAAAAAGAACAGUAGUACUUCUACUUUUCGACAACUUUGCUGUCUCUGUUGGAAAUAA